UGAUGAACGGAGGACCAUGGGGCAUGUGGGGAGAAAUGAAUAACUGCUCCACAAGCGGGGCCAAGGGGUUUUCACUGAAGAUGCAGCCCAAGCAAGGGCACUUUGCUGAUGAUACUUCCCUAAAUGGCAUUCGCCUAAUUUGCAGUGAUGACUCAAUUAUCACAUCUGCAGUGGGAGCGUAUGGUACCUGGUCUGAUGCAUUUUUAUGCCCUUCUGGCUUAUUGACUUCAUUCACGCUCCGAGUGUCACCACCGUUACUUUUUGGUGAUGAUACUUCAGCCAAUAACAUCAAGUUCAAAUGCACAGAUGGAACUGAACUGGAAGGAAAUGGUCCUGCGUUGGGCAAAUAUGGCCCAUGGAGUGGUUCCUGCAAAGACAAUGGCAUUUGUGGGAUCCAGACAAAGUACAUUACAGAAAAUGGAGAAAAUAUGGAGAUUAGCUCCUGCCAACAGGUAGCGAUGCUACACUUCACCAUCCUCCAGGAGAGGAGAAUGGAGGAGAGAAGAAUGGUGUAA